AUGAAAGUGCUCAAGAAACAAAAGGCCAGCAUGAAGCAAGAACUUGGUUUUGAUGUACGGAAAACAUGCAUAACAGCUUCACAGUGCAAGAGAUGUUUAUUGAAGCCAACAACAAGCCCAGCAAAAGCUAUUUCAGAGGUGCUUUUUUAUACCAAGCAAGUACAAACUAAAGCCAUAAGAGAAGGUAUUGAAUCAAAAUCCAAAAUCAUCCAUGUAUUUGAAAAUGAGACUGACCGGAAGGUACACAAGUCCGGCUUUUUAUCUGAAACACAUCUAUUUUUAGGUGCAGUCCUGGUGGAGUCAUAAAUGACAGCGAGAUUGUUGAAAUAAAGAAGGUUAUAUUGAGGAAAGGAGAGUCAUUUGAUGAUGGGAUGUGCAGGCUUGGAAUUUACAAGAAGCUGCAUGACAAG